CCAUUUAUUUUCGUGCAGUCCCAAUUUAACCGUCGACAGACACAGUCAUGGCACCGGCUCGCGACUGAGCGGUGAAACGCGGCGGCCAUGUUCAAUUUCUUCAAGAGAAAAGGCGGGAAGGCCGAGGUCGGCGCGCCCGAACAUUCCCGAACGCCGCCGACGUCUCCCGAGCAAGACGCGCGCGCUUCCCGAACCGACAGUGAUGUAACGAACGACAAAACCGCAGCACGGAAAGAUGUAGUCAACCUGUUGAUACCUGAAGUGGACUAUGCCCAGAAAACCAGAGUCAGCGCUCUCCUCCAAAUGAUGGCCGGAAAGAAAAGGAAGAACAAAAAGAAGCGAGCUGAAUCCUGCCGCGUUUCGCCGCCGAAAGAGAUGCAAACAAAUCUGCAACGGAGCAAGUCAGCCGCGAGUGACGUGGCGGAUACCAAAAAUAUAGUCGGGGAAGUUUGCGAGUCGGACGCGCACGGCGAUCCAGCUGAGUUCGUCAAAGCUUUGGUCCUGCAAAAAUACACCAAGCCCGUCGACAAACACGUGUCGCUUGUCUACGUCUCUGAUUCUGUUUUGGACGAGAAACGCCAUGCUGAAGCAUUGCUGCGCGAGAUUGCGAAGAGCAUAGACUGCACUAUCGAUGAGAUUAAUGAUAACAAGACACAGAUGGGGGCCAAUGACAGUAAGAUCGGCAGAAACGAGCCGGUGUACGAAACUGUUGAGGAAAACAAAAGAACUGACAUUGAUUCUUAUAAAAGUGACCUGAAAGGUGAAUUGGAGAAACUGCUGCAUACUGAAGAAACGAAUUCCAAGGAAGAGUCUCCAGGGCAGAUUAAAAAAUCAAAUUUAAAGCCUCCAAAGUCGGAUACAGAAGGCUGUUCGGAUGAUGACCGCUCGGACUGCGGGAAAAAGAAAGUAACCUUCAGAAAACACAUAGUCUUUGACGAUGGCGAUCAACAGACGGACGACGAAGUGGACUCUACAUUCGAAUCUCUCACCUCUGAAGAAGAAGAGGAAGAAUAUUUGGAAGACUCCUUGCCUGACAACGACGAAGUUAACUACGUGUCCCGAAACGAGAAUAGAACUGUAAUUGAAGUGACUGAGCCGAAAAAUGAUAGUGAGGACGUUCUAAAAAGGAUUUCUAGUGACAACAGUGACAGUGGUUUUAUAGAUGGUGAGAAAAAUGAGUCUGGUGAUGACACUACGUGUGGUAAAAGUGCGGAAGUGGAAGAGAGUGAACAGAGUGAGAGUGAGGUGACCGAGAGUGAAACAGAGGAGGAGGUGAUUGAGGAAAUCGAAGAAAUUGAGGAGAUUGAAGAAAUUGAAGAAGAGGAGAGCUUUGAAGAGAGCGUGGAGAGUGAGCCAAAGCAUUUAGAUAAUAAGAAAACCCUGGUCAGCCAGGAGUCAAAAUUCCAGAACCAAGUCACCGCCCUCACAGAAUUAGCAGAUUCAAGAUGCGGGGAGGCGGAGAGAGCGAGAGAGCUGAUAGCGGAAUACAGGAAGGAGAUAGAGAUAAAAGAUCGGGAGAUAGAACGUAUUACGAAACAUCAAGAAAAAUAUAGCACAGUUUCUUUAACUUUCACUGAAACUGAUUGGUAUUAA